ACCCUUCCAGCUUAGGCCUUGGCCUGGGCGGAGGUAGAUGAAUGUAGACAGUUUUGUAGAAGUAAUGACUGACCGAAAUGCAGGGCGGUCGGCUUCACUUUUCGCGCGUCCGAUCUCCAAUCCGCGUUGUCAAUUGAUUCAUCUCUCUGCCGCCUCACCAGUCACAUCGUUUUCAUAAAGAGCCGAGGAUCGGAAAGGAUUGAUUGACUUUCGCAUCAUCGAACGGACCCUUGUAAUUUCAUCACAACAGCAUCAGCAAACGCGGCCAGGUCCGACCCAAACCAGCCAAACAAAAUGGCUCCCUCCAGCACAGCGACGCCCGCCCUGCCGCCAUCGGUCGAGGAGGCCUACCGGCGCAAGUGCAUCCAAUUGAAGCAGCGUACCGCCGAGGUCGAGGAGGCAAAUGAGGCCUCGCGCAUACGCCUCUCACGCCUGAGCCGCCAGGCCGAGAAGAUGCGCAUCGAACGCGCCUUUCUGCUGGAGCAGCUCGCCAAGCGGACCAGCACCAACGUCGAGGACUCUGACGGCAGCCCGAGCCCUCCACCGACGCCCAAGGAGAAGCCCCUGAGGACGAAGCGAGGUCAUAGGAAGCUCUCCACCAUGCCGGGGACGGAAGCCGGCGCCGCCACACCCGGGUCUAGCUUCGCCAACCCACCCGAGCCCGCCCGCGCCGGCAGCUCUCAGCUCCCAGCCUCCCCGACCAGCGAUGCCUCCCCGGCCGCCAACGGCACAGGCGCCAAAAAUUCCAGCAGCGCUUUCGACGUGUACUGCGCGGAGGUUCGACCGAGCGUUGCAGAGAAGGAAAAGGACAAGGACAGCGUCGAGGAGGAGCUCGCGCGCCGCUGGAAGGAACUGUCUGACACCGACAAGGAGCCGUACCAGACCAAGUACGAGAAGCAGCAGAAGGAGGCGGAGGAGAAGCAGCAGGAGCAAAAGGACAAGAAGAGCGCGGCGGACAAGGCAACCACCGCUGCCGGCGCCGAUGAGUCCGAAAAAGCUGCCGAAGUCAAGGCCGAGGGCAGCCAGCCGCCAGAGGACAGGCCCAAACCGGCAGACAAGGGCGGUGCGGCGCAGGACGAGGAUGUCGAAAUGACAAACUACGAUACGGAACCAGAGGCUACCCCGAGUGCUGCAGGCGGAGAUGCCAAAAACUGAGUCCUGUUUGGUUAUAGAUUUACUGAUGGGGCGUGGUAGUCGGCUUGUGGGCCGGUCAUGUUUCGAGACUUGAAUUCGGCUUUAGAAUAAAGCGGGUUCUGAAAAUAGUGUGUCUGAAAUACAGACCGCUCGAGAGACGGCACGGUAUCGGGCGAUGAAAUAUCGUGAGUGCCCAUGUUUGAGUGCGGUGCUUGACAGGAAUAUGGGUUGAGAGGAGCUUCAACAUACUCUGCUUCGUCUUCCAGAAUCGCCAUUGAUCAUGGCUUUAUUCAAUUAACCCAAGAAUUGAGGACCGCAAGAUCCCGAACCUACGCGUUAGGUUUGUUUGUUUAUUUUAUAUUGGGAGUAGCACAUGUUUGUGGGUUUAGGAGUACGGCGCUAGCAAUCUUUUUAAAACUCCAAACCUCAUGGAUGGCUCUCAUAUUUCUAGUACGCUGAAUAUCAACAUUUUGGGCACCAAAAUGCCUUCUAACUCUAUCCCUUUUCAAAGCUCAUCCUGAACGUAACUCCAAAUACAAAAAAAUGCACCAAAAAGUC